UAAUGCAUCAAAUGGUUUGGAAAGUUGAAUUUGAUUUGUUGGUUUGAAGUUUUACCUUAUUUGGUAGUCCUUUUUAACCCCUUUUAGUUUAAAGUUUGAGUCUUUAUUGCCAGAACAGUCAUUUGUUCGUUCUUUUCAUUUAUUGUCUGAUUGGUUAUAAUAAGUUAGCUUGUUUGACCUUUCACCCUUUUCUCUGUAAUUGAACUGUAUUCUUGCCUGAAGAAGAAAUGGAGACUUUUUUCAUUUUAUGAUUCAGUUUUAAGUUUGUAUGCUAAGUGCAUGAUUUUUGGACAAGAAAUUUGAGACAAUAAAGCUUGUUUUAAAUUGCUUUUUUGGGUGUGAAGCUCCUUUGAUUGUUUUGUUAGACUUUGAUGCUAUUCUUUGGUUUGUUGAGUUCGAGUUUAAGGAAAGAUCAACUCUUUUUGAUUGGCUUUAGCUGUUGGAUUUGCUUUUUGAUGACUUCAAAACAUGAACUUGUUUCCUUGACUUUUUUUCCACUCCUUUCUUGGAUGGUAUAAUGUUAUGUAACAAACAGACACCACAAAAAGGACAGGGAGUUGUUGAAAUGGCCUUUUAUUGGAAGUUGUCCAAAGACAAUGAAUUCUUCAACAUAUACUCAAUUUGUUGCCUCUAAAAGGAUGGGUAUAUGUGACCCAAUCCAUCAAAUUGGCAUGUGGGGAGAUUUCAAAGAUAGCAGUUUCCCAGAUACGGGUGCGACCUUGAUUUUUGACGUCGAUAAUUGCCUGGAGAACGAGGUGCCUAUUAUGGACAAAAGACUAGACAAUGAGACAGAGGAACCUUCACAUGGAACAGUUGGAACGUCUAGCAGAUAUGAACCAGAAACAAAUAAACGUAUCGAAAAGGUGCAUAGACGGCUUGCACAAAACCGUGAGGCUGCUCGUAAAAGUCGUUUACGGAAGAAGGCCUACGUUCAGCAGUUGGAAAGUAGUAAACUGAAGCUGCUUCAGUUGGAACAAGAACUAGAUCGUGCUAGACAACAGGGUCUAUAUGUAGGUGGUGGUUUAGAUGCUAGUCAGAUAGGUUGCUCUGGAACUGCAAAUUCAGGAAUAACUACGUUUGAAAUGGAGUAUGGUCAUUGGGUGGAAGAGCAAGAUAGACAAACAGAUGAAUUAAGGAGUGCUUUGCUUUCCCAAAUUGGUGAAAUUGAAUUGCCCAUUCUUGUGGAGGGUUGCUUGAAUCACUAUAUUGAUCUCUUUCGCUUGAAAGCUACAGCCGCAAAUACCGAUGUCCUCUACCUUAUGUCUGGCACAUGGAAGACAUCAGCUGAGCGUUUGUUCUUUUGGAUUGGAGGGUUUCGUCCCUCCGAACUUCUAAAGGUUCUCACGCCACAUAUGGAGCCAUUGACAGAACAGCAAGGCCGGGAGGUUCACAACCUCACCCAAUCCUGUCAGCAGGCAGAAGAUGCGUUGUCCCAAGGUAUGGUAAAACUCCACCAGAUUCUUGUUGAGGCUGUUGCAGCUGGUACACUAGGCGACGGAAUUAUCCUUCCACAGAUGGCCGCUACCAUUGAGAAGUUGGAAGCUCUUGUUAGAUUUGUAAAUCAGGCAGAUCAUCUUCGCCGAGAAACCCUACUACAAAUGUCCUGCAUACUGACUCCCCAACAAUCAGCUCAGGGUCUCCUUGCCUUAGGAGAGUACUUUAAACGUCUUCGGGCACUAAGCUCACUUUGGUCCGGUCGUCCUUCUGAACCGACUUAAAGAAGUAAGAAAGAGCUACCCAGGGGUUUCAACUUUGCCAAUCAAAGCUGUGUGGGCUAAAUCUGCCUCUUGUUGCCAGUAAAAGAUGGAACAUAAUAUCAGCUGGCGCCCGUUCGGAUACUGCUUCGUCCCUGAUUGAAAUCUGUAUAUAAGUUCUGGUAUGCUGUAAUUGGAAAUUUGAAAUUGCAUUUUUCAUCUUUUCACAUUGGUUUUGAUGAUUGUAAAUCAAUAUGGUCUUGAGAGGUUAUCUAGGAACUCUUGCGAGAUGAAAGUUACUCCAAGUUAUGGUGCCUCUCUGUAUUUAAUUGUCUAUGAUGGGAGCGAUGAUAUGCCAAGCAAUUUUUGAAUGCUUUGCAGAUGAACAACUGCUAUAAAAGAAAGAAAGCAAUAUGGCAUGAGCAAUAUUAUGUUGUGGAAAAUUUGCACAUACAUGCUAAUUUCUGCAGAUUUUCUUCCAAAAAUAUUGUUGGUUGUCCAGACCCUGUUAAUACCGAGUUCAGCUGUGGCAUAUUCCAAAUUAUUAAAGUUCGCUGUUUACUCCGAGGCAAUGGGCAAGUUCAGCUUUGCUGCUCCUCUUGUAGUCGUAAUACUCGGCUUGUUACUGCUUUUAAUGUAAUUGAUGGUUCCCGACUUUAUCUGCUCUCUGUUGGGGUGAUAGCCAAGGAGAGAUGUAGGACUUCUAGAUUCAAGUUCAAUAAGCUCUUUGUUAGUUGUCUCUGUUGUUUUUGUUGAAUUGCGUUCUGUUGAUCAUGUUAUUACAGCUUGUUUUUCUCUA